CACGGCCGCCGCCUCGUCUUUGGCCACCCCAGAACUGGGCAGCAGCCUCAAGAAGAAGAAACGGCUCUCCCAGUCGGACGAGGACGUCAUUAGGCUAAUAGGACAGCACUUGAAUGGCUUAGGGCUCAACCAGACUGUUGAUCUCCUCAUGCAAGAGUCAGGAUGUCGUUUAGAACAUCCUUCUGCUACCAAAUUCCGAAAUCAUGUCAUGGAAGGAGACUGGGAUAAGGCAGAAAAUGACCUGAAUGAACUAAAGCCUUUAGUGCAUUCUCCUCAUGCUAUUGUGGUAAGAGGCGCACUUGAAAUCUCUCAAACGUUGUUGGGAAUAAUUGUGAGGAUGAAGUUUUUGCUGCUGCAGCAGAAGUACCUGGAAUACCUGGAGGAUGGCAAGGUCCUGGAGGCACUUCAAGUUCUACGCUGUGAAUUGACGCCACUGAAAUACAAUACAGAGCGCAUUCAUGUUCUUAGUGGGUAUCUGAUGUGUAGCCAUGCAGAAGACCUACGUGCAAAAGCAGAAUGGGAAGGCAAAGGAACAGCUUCCCGAUCUAAACUGCUGGACAAACUUCAGACCUAUUUACCACCAUCGGUGAUGCUUCCCCCACGGCGUUUACAGACUCUCCUGCGGCAGGCGGUGGAACUACAGAGGGAUCGGUGCCUAUAUCACAAUACCAAACUUGAUAAUAACCUAGAUUCUGUGUCCCUGCUUAUAGAUCAUGUUUGUAGUAGGAGGCAGUUCCCAUGUUAUACUCAGCAGAUCCUUACGGAGCAUUGUAAUGAAGUGUGGUUCUGUAAAUUCUCUAACGAUGGCACUAAACUAGCAACAGGAUCAAAAGAUACAACAGUUAUCAUAUGGCAAGUUGAUCCGGAUACACACCUGCUGAAACUGCUUAAAACAUUAGAAGGACAUGCUUAUGGCGUUUCUUAUAUUGCAUGGAGUCCAGAUGACAACUAUCUUGUUGCUUGUGGCCCAGAUGACUGCUCUGAGCUUUGGCUUUGGAAUGUACAAACGGGAGAGCUAAGGACAAAAAUGAGCCAGUCGCAUGAAGACAGUUUAACAAGUGUGGCUUGGAAUCCAGAUGGGAAACGCUUUGUAACUGGAGGUCAGCGUGGGCAGUUCUAUCAGUGUGAUUUAGAUGGUAAUCUCCUUGACUCCUGGGAAGGAGUGAGAGUGCAAUGCCUUUGGUGCUUGAGUGAUGGGAAGACUGUUCUGGCAUCAGAUACACACCAGCGAAUUCGAGGAUAUAACUUCGAGGACCUUACAGAUAGGAACAUAGUACAAGAAGAUCAUCCCAUUAUGUCUUUUACUAUUUCAAAGAAUGGCCGAUUAGCUUUGUUAAAUGUAGCAACUCAGGGAGUUCAUUUAUGGGACUUGCAAGACAGAGUUUUAGUAAGAAAGUAUCAAGGUGUUACGCAAGGGUUUUAUACAAUUCAUUCAUGUUUUGGAGGCCAUAAUGAAGACUUCAUCGCUAGCGGCAGUGAAGAUCACAAGGUUUACAUCUGGCACAAACGUAGUGAACUGCCAAUUGCGGAGCUGACAGGGCACACACGUACAGUCAACUGUGUGAGCUGGAACCCACAGAUCCCAUCCAUGAUGGCCAGCGCCUCAGACGAUGGCACUGUUAGAAUAUGGGGACCAGCACCUUUUAUAGACCACCAGAAUAUUGAAGAGGAAUGCAGUAGCAUGGAUAGUUGAUGGCGAAUUUGGAGCAGACGACUUCUGUUUAACUUAAAUUAGUCGUAUUUUAAUGGCUUGGGAUUUGGUGCAAACAAACAUGAUUGAUAGCUGGACAGACAUGCUCGUCAUGAAAAAAGAACCAUUUCUGAAGCCCGAUUGGGGCCAAACAUUUACACCUUGCUUCAUAGUAACCAGUUGAGAUGAAGCACGUCGUUAGAACGUUGUUGGACACCAUGUUGAAUUCCCCCGUCGGUUGUGAAGAACUGUGCUACAUUCAGGCUUACCCAUUGAACUCAGUAUAUAUUUUCUCCCUCCUGCCGUUUGUCUGGUGGGAUACCAUUCUUGUUGCUCUUCUGUGUAAUGAAGUUUAAAAUGCUUGUUUGGAAAACUUUAUUUAACAGUUUAGAAGGCUUGAUAGAAAGAGUGCAUUAGUCUGAAGAGUAUACAUUGGAUAGGAAAGAAUUUCCUCCUUUUGUUUCUCCAAAUCUUUCCGCCUUAUUUAGCUUGAGAUCUUUGCAGCUUGGUUCAUGGAUUCUAGCCUUGCCCGUUGCGCAGCAUAUGCAGAUCCAGAUGACAAACCAGUGACUAUGUCAAGAGCACUCUCAAUAUUACAUUUGACAAAAAGUUUUGUACUUUUCACAUAGCUUGUUGCCCCGUAAAAGGGUUAACAGCACAAUUUUUUAAAAAAUAAAUUAAGAAGUAUUUAUAGGAUCAAAGUGACUUCAUUUGUAUACAUUUGGAAUCUAAACCAGCUUAAAAAACAGUUUCCUCUGUAACUUAGAUCCGCAGUAUAACUGCUCUUCUGGAGUACCACGUGAGACAUGGUCAGAAGCAGUGCUUGGAAGGACAUUACACAGGAAGGUCAGAGUAAUACUCGGGAGGUUCCCCACUUUUGUUUUAUUCCUGAAGUAACAUCAGUACCUGAUCUUGAAGAAAUUCAAGAUUCAAAAAGAGAAUUUUAAAUAUAAUCAACAUGAGAGAGCAGUAGUCAGUUUAGGUUUUCAACAAGGCUUGUUCCAGGUGGUUCUCAACUUGGGAAAUGGUUUUGGUGUGAUCUAGCCAGAGAGUAGAAAUCAGAUAACCGCCACCUUGGAAGUUUAUAGUAUAACUGAGCUCGUUAGAAGAAUUCAGCAGGUUACAAACGUACUUAACCUGGGUUUUAAACCUCAUAGUCAUUUUUCUUAAUUGCCCUUAACAUUUUGACAUGUAGGGAUACAUUUAAAGACUCUUCCUUCUCAGUUUUUCAGAUAUUGCCAUAAUGAACCUCAUUCUAAACUGGUGCUGUGGGUAGUCUUUCCCUCUCCCUUCUCCUUUUAGUUUAAGGAAAGGUUUCCUUCAUGGAAAAGCACUUUUUAUUUUGAGAAUUUCACAUUUAAGCCAAAAGCCUGGUGUUCACGUUGUGCUUUUAAAUCCCGUAACAGCUGAAUGCAGCAUCCUUAGCUUCCUUUGAAACUCCCUCCCUUUCCAAUCGAGGAUAAAUACAGUGACCACAGCUGUGAUGUUGGGAAGAGGAGUGGGAAUGCCCCCCAAAUAAGAAUCUGGUGAAGGAAAGGCUUGACCUAAGUUCCCCAUUAGGCCCAGCGAGUCUGUAAUGUAUUACCACAAGGAGACUCUCGGAUACACAAAGACCAGAAAGACUUGGGUGUCAGGAGCUCUUCCAUUGGGCGGGGGCGGGGGAUGGCACAGGGAGAAGUGGGAAAGUCAGGGAGGGGAGACGAAAGCGAAACACAAUUGGCCUUAAAUAGCACGAUUCUCCCAAAAGCGCUCAUAGUAAGAGAAAACGACAAAUCGUGGUCAGCAGAUUAUUUUAUCAAAUUGGUAUGUAAAAGAUUUCUUUAAGCUCCAUUUUGCAGAGAUCAUUAUUUAGAAUCAAGAAUUCCUGUUUUGAUACUUCUAAGUUAACUAUAUGUUACAGUUUAUCUGGUACUUCAUUUUUCUUAACUAAAAUUACUUUUUACUUUAAGCUUGAAUAAAAGUCUUCAUUGGUAACUGUAUAUAAUUAAGUGGCAACUUCUCUUUACCUCAGUACAGUUAAGUCCAUAUUUUAAGUGAUUCAUGUAUAUACCCUGAAGCCGUUAAUACACCCCAGUCUACAGUAUCGUCACUGACAGAACGUGGGCACAGAAACUCCACAGCUGUUUACAGAUGUGGCUACAGUGUGCUCAGGUACAUUGUAACAUUCGCUGAGAUGUGUGCCCAUUCCGGGGCAGUUUGGCACUCAGAUUCCACUCUACUUCACCCAGCCACCCUGAGACUCGAGUUUUCAGAGUGCUUCUGAAGUAGUUACAAACACUUUAAAAAAGUGGAGUAAACGUGAGGCACAUCUGACAAUGACUUAACUCCAUUAAAACGGAGUAACUACUAUGCAAAGGUUUCUACAGCAGCUAGGUGAGUUUGUUUCCCAGGUCUGUCUUAUCUGGCAGCUUCCUAUAUAUACUGGUACUUUGCUGUGCCAAUUUGCUGUAAACGUCUAUUUCAUGCAUUUGCCAUGCUGUGACUGUGCUAGAAAGGUGAAAUAAGUGAUGAAGAAACCUAGGGUCUUAUGGUACAAAGAACCCAAUAGCAGGAUGGUCUAACUCCUAGAUGUAACUGAAUACUUUAGAGCUAUAGUCUCUGUAGGGUUAAGAAUGAGACUAUGUUGGAGAAAAUAAGCCAGCCACAAGAUACUAACAAAUGUAUAAAUUGAAAAGUACCAAUACUUUUUGCACAUAGAUCAAAGUAGAGUGGAGAAUUUUGGCUCCAAAAAUCAGGUUAGUAGGCUCAUUUCCAUGUGCUUAAAAAUGUUUUUGUUGUUCAUUAAGGGCUAGAGCAAGUAUGAAAUUAAAUGUCUUUUUCCUGCAAAUAAUUGGUUAUUACUAGUGCCAUGUUGGAUUUGGCUAUCACUGAGACUGGCGUGUGGGUGGUGAUAAGGAAUUAGAGUGGGGAAUUAGUUGGGAGGGAUGACAAAGCUUCAGUUUUGGUUUUUGUACUUCAUCAAUGUUCAUGCCAGCUACCUUUCUGUUACUCUUACUGGCCAGGUAAAUGUGUUACAUAAAACCAGGUAAGUAGUUUAAACAGAGGAAAUUUUAAUUGCAGAUGUCCCUACAGAUUGGCCCAUUUUAGUGGGUGGGAGAACAGAAAGGGAUUACCAGCCUUUAAAUACAUAAGUAAUUAACUGGCUAGUUGAAAGGGGAGGAAAUCCAGUUUUUGUCAGUAUUUUCUUAAUCUGAAAUCACUAGUAGUAACCUGGUGGUUUUAUUAGGAGUGUUCUCCCUCUAGCGUGGCUUUCGGUGACAUUAAUAGAAAACCCUUCUUCCCCACCCCUUCCCACCUUGAAAUUUUCUUUUUUAGGACGUUGGUUCCUGCACACAAGAACCUCUGCUCACAGUGGUAAAUAUAUCGUACAUCUCUUGAAAGGCACAUAUCCAUGUCAGUUUCUUUCACAGCAGAAGAUGGCUGCUUUUGAAUGGGGAGGAAAGAAGACUUUUUUCUUAAUAUCCUUUUGGUCCCAUCUCUAAACUGUAUAAAUAUCUUGAUUUAGUUUUAAUUUCUCACUUGGACUUCAGCAGCUCUCUUUUGGGGUUGCUUUCCAGAAUAGUACUUCCAUUCAAAAACCAUGUCUUAAUAUAAACUAAUUUAAAAGAAGAGGUGAAUUUCAUUUACACAGACACUUUCUAAAAACAGGGUGAACUUAACUGAGAUUUUUCAGUGUUGUUAGACUAUUGUUAUAGUAGCUGCCCUAUAGUUGCAAAAACAAAAACUAUAAAAACUCAUCCCCUAUCUACUUAAUCCAGAUAGCCUGGAUGUAAUAAAACUAAUAGUAUAAAAACGUGUGUGUGUGAGUGCUGUGUGUGUGCGGGAGAGAGAGAGUACUUAAUUCAUAAAAAGGCCUGGGAACAGCUGUUCUAGGUCCCUGUCAGUUUUACUAAAAGUCUCGUGCACAUGCGAAGUGCGCUCUCUGAAUUUGUUUGCUUAAUACUGGUAUAUUUUUAUAAGAUUGAAAUUGCGUCCCCAUCUUUAACUUAAACAUUUUCAUUAUCAGGGUCAAUGUGCUAAGACCGAAUCGUAACAUUUUUAGGCACAGAUGGAAAAAAAAUGUUACUGGCUCCUUGAAAAUGUGUGUGUGGCGAGGGGGAUAGACCCACAAAAAGCACGUGUGUCCUUACAAACCAAGCUGGAGAGAUCAAGGAAAGAACUCGUGUCAAUCUCAAGAUUUCUAAGUUGUCGAGAUUUACAUGGCAUUGUGGUGGAACUAGUUAACAUUAGAGCUUUUGGUAUGUAAUAACUAUUUGCUAUGGACUGAUUAAAUGUUUCAAAGGAUUGUGUUCUUAAAUUUCGGGGGGGUUGUUUUUUGUUUUAUUUUUUUAACUGCCUCUCAGAUUAUAUUUAGUAGUUUAAAUUUCUUUGCUUCAUUAAAGCAUAAAAAACUUCAGGUCUCUGAUAUUUAUUUUCACUUGUCCUACUAAUUAUUUACAAAACACCCUUUGUUAACUUUUAUAAAUGUGUAGUAUAUUAAACGUCUUAAAAAUUUUGUUCAAUUGAAGCUACAUUAACUUUGAUUUGCUUUACUGGGUUGUUUUUAAUACACCUUUCCACGUCAGUGCGUAGCACUUAACCAAUCGUUUGUAUUCCCUUUCAAUCCAAUAAACAGAAUGAAUAAGUAA